AUGGAGCAGGCACCGAGCGCGACCACCAUCACCGCGGAGGCGAUCAAGAAGAUUUGCGUGCAGCUUGGCUACUACCGUAACCCUGUCUGCAAUGAGAAGCUCUACCUGCAUCACAAGGGGUUUGACAGCAUCGAGGAGGACGCCUUCGACGCCUACACAGACGUCAAGGUGUUGUGGCUAGAGGGCAACGCGCUCACGCGCCUCCAAUGCGGCAAGGACAGUCUGCCGCGUCGGAAGCCGCAGCCGCAGGCGGAGGGCAGUGCACCGGAGCCGGCGCCGGCGCCGCCCGCUCCUCCCGAGGUGGGCUGCUCCAAGAGCGCACAGCGGGAGCGUUGCGCGAACACGCACGUGGACCACUGCGCUGAUUGGACGACGGCGCCGCCGCCACACAUCGGCGCCGUUGCCGAGGCGCUGCAAGCGAGUGUCGCCACGGAUGCCGCGACUGCCCCGUCCCCCGUCGUGAGCGCCACGGCUUCUGGGGAGAGCAAAGACGUGUUUCAGUCGCUCUACCCCACGCUUCGACAGCUGUUCCUGCACAACAACGCGCUGCGGGAGAUGCCGGACCUCAGCGGCUUCCAACGCCUAGACACCGUCAAUCUUGCAAACAACUGCAUCCACUCCGUGCAAGCAAACUGUGCGGCUUUCAGCGCGAGGGUGGCUGAGUUUGAGGCGGCGCUGCGGGAAAGGGCACAGGCACUCGUGGCAAACUCAAAGAGCAUGCAAAACGAACUUCGCGCUCGCGAUGCCCGCUUGCAGCAGACGGCGGCGAGAGAUCCGCAGCCUGGCUGCGACGCUGAGGAACAGACGGGGCACGAAGCUGCGCGGCGGGACUUCGUCGCGUUGCCGGCACCCACAGAGGCGACAGCGACGGCCACUGAGUACAAGCGGAAUGAAGUGGCGGUGGUGGAGGGCGGUGGCGGUGCCGUGCGUCUUGACAUGGACGUGUGGCGGAGGCGGCUCAGCGCCUAUGUCGACUUUUGCCCGCAUGCACCGCUGGAGGUUGCGGAAAACGGCAAGCUGUCCGAUGAUGUGCCGCCCGGCUGCCGCAACCCGUGCAGCUCAAUCCGCUCCCUCAACCUCGCCGCCAACUACCUCGCCGAGGUGGACGACAUUGUGCAGCUGCUGUGCUUCAAGAACCUCGCCGUGCUGGACCUCAGCAACAACCAGCUGGAGAACGGGGAGGCGGUGCUGCUCAUCAUGGAGCGGCUGCCACGGCUGCGCUCGCUGCGGUUGUCGGGCAACCCGCUCGUGCGCUCGCUGCCGCGGUACCGCAAGAUGGUGCUGGCGCGUUGUCCGGGGCUGCUGCACCUGGACGACCGCCCCGUGUUUGCCGACGAGCGGCGCCUGGUGAUGGCGUGGGUCCGCGGCGGCGACGAGGCGGAGCAGAAGGAGCGGCUUCUCAUGCGGAAGGAGACGGAGAAGCAGCACAUUCGCCGCCUCGAAGAGUUCCGGGAGAUGGUCGGCCGAUUUCUGCCCACGGGCCCCGUCGACCCCCACGGCGCGAGUGAAGCGGCGCCGCGCUUCGACCCACAACGGCGGGCACCGCAGGGGGGAGGGGCGUACCUCCCCGCGCGCCCCAGAGACGACGACAAUAACAACGACGACGAUGACGUGACGAGCAGCGAGAGCGACGGCGUAGAGGGCGAGGAGAGCCGUCGACGCACGCGGGCCGCCCGACCGGCGACGGGCAGCAACAACAACGUGCAGAACGCCAUCAUCACCCCCGCGCCGGAGCCGGCAGGCAUCGCACAAGCGCCAGUGAACACGCGUGACCCGCGGACGCCGCCGAGCUCCGGCAGCGGGCCUCAGGCCGCAGGGCCACCGCCGCGUGGUCUGCGUCUUGGCGGGGGUGACGACGAGGAGGGUAACAUUUACAUCCCACCGGCAGCGGCGCGGUAG